AUGACGAUUGGUUUCGUCGGGGAAAUCCUCUGCGCUGGAGGGAAAGACUAUUACAAAGUCCUCGGCGUGGACAGACAGGCGGACGAUCGAACGUUAAAGAAAGCCUACCGUCGCGAAGCGAUGAAACACCACCCGGAUAAAGGCGGCUCCGAGGAGAAAUUCGCGGAGAUUGGCCAAGCGUACGAAGUUCUCACCGAUACAGAGAAGAGGCAGAUUUACGACCAGUACGGAGAGGAAGGAUUGAAACAACGCGAAGGCGGCGGCGGCGGCGGAGGAGGAGGCGGGAACCCGUUCGGCGGAGGGCACCCGUUCGGAGGUUUCGGUGGAAGAGGUGGUAACACGUUCACGUUUGAGUUUGGCGGCGGCGGCGGCGGAGGAGGAUUCGAUCCGUUCGGGGACAUGUUCGGCGGCGGCGGCGGCGGCGGGAGGCGGCAACAACAGAGACGAGAACAACCGCCGAGGGAGAAGGAGGAUUUGUACGAUCCCAAGAAAGGGCACAAGACGAAGAAUUUGAAACGGUCCAAGUUCCCCGAUAGCAACGCGAAGAACGUUUGGUUGAUUGAAUUUUACGCGCCGUGGUGUCAGCACUGUAAACGGUUCGUGAAGGAUAUGGAAAAGCUGAACGAAGAUUUGGACGGAUUCGCCAGAGUCGGAGCGGUGAAUUGCGAGAAGGAGAAGGCGUUGUGCUUGCAGGAAGGGGUGUCGGAGUAUCCCAAGGUGAAGUUAAGAGUAGCUGGGGUGAAUAAACAGUACGACGGAGAGUCGGUGAACUACGCGAAAGUGAAGGAGUGGGCGUUUGAGAAUUUGCCGAGUAAAGCGGAGUCGAUUCGUAAGCCGGAGAUGUUUACGAAAUUUAGAGAGAAACACUGUCCGGAGGGACAAGGAGUGAAGUCGGUGUGUGUUUUGUAUUUCAAUAACAAACAGACGACGCCGAACUGGUUGAAGAUUGCCUCGUAUAACGUGGGAAAAGUGCACAAAGAAGUGAAAUUCGCGGACGUUCGAGCGCCGAAUAAUCAAAUAGCGUUGAUGUUUGACGUGGACAAAAUCCCGUCGUUGGUGGUGUUUUGCGACGGCGACUUUAAGCGAUCGGUCGUAGGUGAGAAGAAAGAGUGGAUGGACGACGCGGCAAAGCCUUCCGAUUGGAGCGAGCCGUGGUUGAUGGAACACGCGAAUAGAGAGUAUUGCGAUAGGAAGAUGCGAACGAGAGACAUCGUCGGCACGACGAUUGAUCCGAGUAUGGAUUUUUCCAAGAUGCGCGUGGCAAAGUUGAAAGCGAUGUUAGCCGCGAACAACGUGUCGUGCCAACUGUGCGUGGAGAAAGGCGAUUUCGUAAAGGCGCUGAAGGAGUUUGCAGCGUCGGGAGGUGCGAAGCGAGAUGAGCUUUAA